AUGAAAGAGAUUAGAGACGGAACACAGUCCAACCGUACUCCACUUGCUCUUGAUGUAGAUGAUUUCAAGGGCGAUUUUUCAUUUGAUGAUACAUUUGGUAAUUUGGUAACUGAGGUAUUGCCUUCAUGUCUCGAAAAACAAGUAGAUUCAUUAGAAGGUCAUGGCAUCAUUGAUGGAAUAUCGAAUGGGCAUAUGAGGGCACCAUCAAUGUCAAAUGCAGGAAAGUUACUUUCAAGCCCAUUGUUUCCUGAAGUUGAUGCCUUGUUAUCUCUGUUUAAGAAUUCUAGUUCACAAUUGGUGGAACAAAAAAGACAGGUUGAUGCAAAAUUAAGCAAUCUCACAAAAGAAGUUUCUGUUCAAGACUUGAAGCACCGUAAGACACUUGCUGAGCUGGAAAAAGGUGUAGAUGGUUUGUUUGGCAGUUUUGCACGUCUGGAUUCACGUAUAUCAAGUGUCGGUCAUACUGCUGCCAAAAUAGGAGAUCACUUGCAGAGUGCAGAUACUCAGAGAGAAUCUGCUAGUCAGACGAUAGAGCUCAUAAAGUACUUGAUGGAGUUCAAUAGAAGUGCAGGAGACCUGACACAACUUUCUCCUUUAUUCAUUGAUGAUAACCGUGUCGCUGAAGCUGCUUCUAUUGCCCAGAAAUUAAGUAAUGCUCAUUACCAUUCCUUGGAUAUUCUCAGAACUUUUCCGUCUGAUAUUUCUUUGCCAUCAAAAAAUCAGGGGGAUAUUUUGUCCAUUGUUAUUAUUAACGGUGUAAUAUUUUCGUUUUACACUUGCACCAAGAAUCAGAUGCCUUCAUUCAAAAAAUUAUCAAUUAUUAAUAUUAGUGUUGUGAAAAGCGCAAAAAAGCGCGCUUCAAAGCGAGGCGACACCAGAUCAUUUGCUGAUGAAGAUAUUGGAAGACAAAAAACAACUGUCUCCUCUGCUGUUGGAAAUGCAACUUUACAUAUAGGAUUGGAAGUUGCUAUCACAAACCUCCAGGAGUACUGCAAUGCCUUGGAAAACAGAUUAUUAGCUCGAUUUGAUACGGCUACACAGAAGCAUGAUUUGUCUACAAUGGGUGAAUAUGGUAAAAUUUUGUCACAGGGGAUAACAACACUUCAUAAUUUGGCAUAUUCGUUCUCCAAGCAGUUUAACAGGGGUACCAGUGCCAUGCAACACUACGUGGGAUUACGUCCCAUGUUUGAUGUUGCGGUGAUGAAUGCAGAUGCUAAAUUGGUCCUUGGUGAUGAGGGUGCCCAACCCAGCCCUAGCAAUGUUGCUCAUGGCCUUUCUUCAAUGUUUAAAGAAAUUGCAGACACGGUGCGAAAAGAAGCAGCCACUAUAGCAGCAGUUUUCCCUUCCCCUAAAGAUGUAAUGUCGAUAUUAGUUCAGCGUGUCUUGGAAGAUCGUGUUCCAAAACUUCUAGAGAAGCUCCUACUUAAACCAUCUCUUGUUAACCCACCUCCCAUGGCAGAAGGCGGACUUGUAUUAUAUCUCAGAUUGCUGGCUGUCGCAUAUGAGAAGACACAAGAGUUUGAUAAGGAGUUGAGAAGUGUCGGAUGUGGUGACUUGGAUGUUGAAGGUUUGACUGAAUCAUUGUUUCUACCACACAAAGAUAUAUACAUAGAGUGCGAGCAAGCCUCUCUUAAACAACUUUACAAAGCUAAGAUGGAUGAACUGCGUAGUGAAAGUCAGCUAUCCAGCUCUGAGUCGUCUGGGACAAUUGGACGCUCAAAAGGUGCUUCAAUAGUACUUUCUAACCCGGAAAUUUCUGUCACUGUGGUAACAGAGUUUGUUCGUUGGAACGAAGAAGCAAUAUCCAGAUGCAGUUUGUUUUACUUACAGCCUGCUGCACUUGCUGCUAGUAUUAAACCUAUUUUCACAUUCCUUCUAGACCAAGUCAGUCAAUACAUAAUAGGAGGUCUUGAAAGAGCCAGAGAAGGCCUUACUGAGGCUGCUGCCUUGAGGGAAAAACACUUGCUGGGAACUAGUGUUAGCCGAAGAGUUGCUGCAGCAGCUGCUUCUGCCGCAGAAAAUGCAGCUGCUGCUGGUGAAAGCAGUUUCAAAUCUUUCAUGGCAUCUGUGCAACGUUGUGGAAGCAGUGUGGCUAUUUUGCAGCAAUAUUUUGUGAACUCCAUAUCGCGGCGUUUACUUCCUGUGGAUGGUGCUCAUGCUGCUUCUAGUGAAGAAAUGGCAACAACUAUGUCACGUGCAGAGAGUGUUGCUUGUAAGGGGCUUCAACAGUGCAUUGAAACUGUCAUAGCAGAGGUAGAAAGGCUACUGUCAACUGAACAAAAGGCAACAGAUUAUCGAUCACCUGAUGAUGGCAUUAUCCCUGACCAUCGGCCAACAAGUGCUUGUGCAUGUGCUGUUGCAUACCUUUCCCGUGUGCUUGAGUCGGCUUUCACUGGACUGGAAGGGCUUAACAAACAAGCGUUCCUGACUGAAUUGGUAAAAUAUCUUCUUGUAAUUUCCAAGGUUUAUGCUGUUUCUAGACGCACGAUAACUGAUCCUUGA